UGUGUUCAUAUUGCCAUUUUUCACCACUGACGGCACCACAUCUGGAUAUUUGUCAACACUGCAGAAACCGGGACAACCAAGUAAAUCAGCUGUAAAAAUGUAUUGGCAAACCGGGCUUAUCAAAUCCUUAUUAGAUCCUAUUAAUUUAAUUAUAACAACAGACGAAGCUGUUGUUAUAGCCGAUAAAUACCCAAAGGCACGCCAUCACUACCUCGUGCUGCCCAAGGAGGAUAUUGCUAGUAUUUUUCAGUUAAGCAAGAAACAUUUGCCAUUGCUGGAGGAGCUGCAUCUGCUAGCCCGCAAUAUCAUUGAAAUACGCGGCGAAAGUUAUGAGCGUUUUCAAAUUGGUUUCCAUGCACAGCCGAGCAUGCAACGUUUGCAUUUGCACGUCAUUUCAAAGGAUUUUGUCUCAAGUUGCUUAAAGACAAAAAAACACUGGAAUAGCUUCAACACGUCUCUAUUUAUACCAUACGAAACACUCCAUGCACAAAUAAGCAACGAAGGCCACAUACAACGUUUACCCAAAGAUAGAGUCGACGAGCUGCUUGCGAAGCCCUUAACGUGCAAUCAGUGUGCGUUUGUUGCCAAAAACAUGCCAUCGCUCAAGGAGCACUUACAGGAGCACUGAAGCCUGUUAACAAAUAGAUGGCAAUAACAGAUCGUGUCCACACUAUUUUGAAUCAUUUUAGGUGCCGAUUCCAAUUGUUUCAUUACUUUUAAAUACUAAUUUCUGCCA